AUGGCAGCGGAAGAUGAAGAGGAGAUUUUGAAGUCACUACGAGCACAGAGCCGAUCAGUUAGCUUCAUAACGGGAUCAGAGUUAGUAAACAUUGAUCUUAAGGAGGAUUCAAGUCGUCUUAAUGAAGACAGCGAACUUAGUGAGACGGUAUGAAUAUUUGACUGGUUCAUUUGUUGUUUAUCUUCCACGGUCUGUGAAUUUCACGAGCUUAUAAAUAUUUGAUGGGUUCUUUUGUCUCCUAGGAGUUGUUGCUGGCUGGAAUAUUGGUGAAUGAGGCUAGACUCGGUCGAAAUGGUUACUUUAAGACCUCUCCGAAAGAAUUAAGGUUAGCUUGAUGUUUUCAUACAAAAUUCUGUAGUAUAUUUGUUUACUUCAUGUCCCAAAAUUAUCGCACCUUUUCUCUUUCGCUCAGUGUCCUCAUCGUGGAAGAAUUCUCUCGUUUAAAACUAGGUUUUUGUCCACUUGACCUAUACAGAAUAGUGCGUUUUGAGUGAUAUUUUUUUUCAUCUCUAAAAAGCUGCUUGUUGUUAAUUAUUUACCUAUGCAAAUUUUAUUUAGUGUAAUUUAGAUCUACUAUAUAUUUUAUGAUUUCGUUCUGCUACCUUACGUUUUGGAUACAUUGAGGUAUUCUUAUAUCGAUAUAUUCCGAGUGACCAUUUGUGAAUAAAAACAAGCUUUUCCUAGCUAUUUUAUCACAUCUGUUACUGUAACACUGAAUAGGAACCUAAAUUGGGAGGGACCAGGGGUGGGGGUGAGGAGUGGUACUCCUCUGAGGGGUACUCCUCUCUUCAGACUGGGUGAAGGUACCCCACCCAUUGCCACAAUAGCUUUGAAGUCCUCCAUUUAGCAUUUGUUGAUUUUUAUUUAACUGCAGAGGGGAGAAGAACUUUGAAUAAAACCCAAGUAGUCAUUCUAGUGUGACCACUUCGCACACAACACCUUAUUGCAAUUUUAAAUGCCAUUUUGUUGUGUACUGUCAAAUUCAAGAAAGCAUGACAUUGGCCCUACUUCAAUCAAAUGAUGUUGAUAAUGGAUGUUUUUCGUGAUAACUUUAGACUCUUGUUUCCAUUACUUCUGGGCAGUAUGGUAAACUUCCUGUAAUAAGAACCAUAGUGAAGAAACCUACCAGCAUAAUACCAGUGGACCUCAGCUGGAAAAAACUGACCCAGAUUUUCUGAUCAGCAUACAAACUUAUCAAUUGUUAGCCAUUAGGCUUUGCAAGCAUGAAGUUCCUUUUGCCUUGCUUCCCUUUUGUCAUAGAAGAUAAUGGUGGAGUUCAGGUGCCGUUGUUGAUUUUAAUCACAGUACACACAAUGAGUUGAUGAAUCAAUCUCUUUUUCACUCUCAUAGACUUUACAAAAUUUACAACAAGCCAGUAUUGCGAGCAUUAGUGUACUUUUGUGUGUGGCUUAAUCUCUGUUUGGCAUUUUUUGAGGAACCUGCUGUACAAGGAAUGACUCUGCCAUAUUGGGUAAGUCACUUGAGAUUAAAUCAUGAGUUAUUUAUCAGCAGCAGAAUUUAAAUUAGGCAAAAUUGCACUUCAGAUAAUGCUGCUGAUUAGAGAUACCCACAUUCUUGAGGUAGGGGUAUAGAUCUUAAGCCUUCGGCACAAUUACCAUAUGACCCAUUCAUACAGGUACAGGAGUAAUUUGGUACCACCUUAAGCCUUCGGAGACUGAUCAACCAUUAGUUUCCCACUCCCUCAUUUGUGUUAGUUAAUGGUUAGAUACUCAACUGAAUGGCUGGACAAACAGUGUGAUAACUGGUUUAUGCUAUCCUAGUAAGGGGUUUCCUGUAGGUAUCUCCUUCCCCAUGCAUGAAUGUCACAGGGCUACUCCAAUCUUUCUGACAUGGACUUAUGCUCAUGAUUGAUUUCAUUGGAUUGAAUGUGACACCUGAAUCUUUUAGCUUCUACAUUAAGAAGGCCUCUUCCUCUUUUCUCAGUUAUCUCGUACAGUACAAUGAUCCAGGAAAGGUGAAAUUUUACGGUGUAAUCCAGGAAUUAAAUGUUGUCAGUGUAAUGUCUGUAUUACAAACAAGUCCUUGGUGCAGGUGGAUUAUAUACAGAGAAAUAAGAAAACUUGUUCAGUCUGCCAUCUUUAAUGCUCACUCUCCCAAAAUGCCUUAGGGUUGUGCUGGCACAGGCAACCCAGUUACAAUGACUACAUUCAGUAACUCAAUAAACUCAUUCAUCCUAAUUGUUUUGUUUGCAGGCUACAAUGUUACUCGAAUAUAUCUGCCUGUUUGUUUUCAUUCUUCGUCUGUUCCAUGUCUGGUGUUUUGCUGCUGGUGUGAAAUUUUGGAGAGACAAAAAAAAUGUGAUAAUGUUGUCUAUCAUUGUGGUGAGACAGAGGAAUUGAAAUGACUUUAAAUUAGUGUUUACAAUCAGAAAAUAAACAAGUAGAUAUUACUUUGACAUUAAGAAAGUUAAGAACAUAGAAUCGGAAAAAUUGUUCUAUUGUAGUCUUAAUUUAAUCAUUUGAAAAUAGUAUUCUGAUUGCUAAUCACUGUUAGCACUGUCAUUUCCCACAGAGAAAGAGGAUAAUGGGGAUAAUAAAUUGUAGUUGCAUUAUAUUUCCCUGUAUCAUAUCAAUCUUCCCUAUUAAGCAGUUGUGGUCAACCUUUAUUAAGUCCCAACAGCCUGUUUGCAUUGUCUUCCACCUGUAUUGAACUGUCCCUUAAAGCUUAACCAUUCAAGUAAAAUUAAGUAUGGUCUCUCAAGUCAACUUUUUUUCCAUGUUUAUCUCCUGAUAGUCAAUGUUAGUGCUUUGAAUUGAAAUGUCUUCAAUGUAUUGCAAAUUAUCUUCCUUCUUAAGACUGUUAGGACAAAAUGGUGUUUUUUUUUAAAUUGCAUUUUACCCCUCUUUUAUGGAACAGUGUAUGUAGUGGUCAACCUGUACAAAGCAGACACCCCAUAAUUCCCAGGGGGUUAUCAUUUAAUAAAGGUUUGACUGUAUAGUAUUACUCCAGAUACCUUUUCCCAGUCAUUUUUGACAUGUAAGCUUAAAUUCUUUAUAGAUAUCACCUUUCAGAGACCUUCACUGGAAUUUUUUUUCAGCUGACUUUUCUUGACAUGAUUAUGUAUGUCAUAUUCAAAGAAUCAAAACUCCCAGUUCACACCAUGCGAUGGACAAGAGUUCUUCGCCCACUUAUUCUCAUCAAUAUCAGCGAAGGAAGACACGUGAGUUUUAUUGCAUAGUAAUUUAUGAUAAAACUAAUAUUUAAAAUUACCAUCACAAGUGGAAGUCAGCUGUGUUCCAUACAUAUGUGGUAUCUGUCCAAGGUAUCUAGUUUUCAAAUUGCUAUUUCCAACCCUGAAAAUAUCUCUGUUAUUACCUCAUGAAAUUCAGCAAUAAGAAAUUCUGAACAUUUCAUGACUAGUACCUUACUUAUUAACCCUUUCACCCCCUAAGAGUGACCAGCAUCUAAAAUCUCCUUACAACAUCACCCCUAAAUCACACAUUAAGGCCAUGAGAAUAAAGGAAAUGGUCACCAACCAAAGAAGCUUUGGAUUGUUGAUUCUCCUCGUCAACACCUAUGGAGAAUAUGCAUACUGAUAUUAGGGUGUAGGAGAGAAGACUAUUAUACAGAGUGUCAAAAUUGAUUGCUUGCUCUUCACUUUUUGAUUAUUUCUUGUCUGUCUCUUUUAGAUUCGUAGAGCUGUAAGAAACAUUAGAAAAACUCUGCCUGAGAUAGCUAAUGUUCUGGUUCUUCUGUCACUCUUGAUUGCCUUAUUUACUUUGCUUGGAUUUAAGCUAUUUGGUAAAAGGUACAAACAUAAUUAUCCAUAGAACAUUUUUUACUUGAAUGUCAAAAGUAGACCGGGAUUAUUUGCUUUUGUUUUUCUUUGCUCUUUGAUUGGUCAAUAAAACUCGUACCACUCACGACUUGGUCGCCCGCGUUUUCCCGCGCUUAAGGUAGUUUGGUUGGUUUUACUUCGAGUUCUCAUUGGCUCUUAUACAUUACCCAGCACUGGCUCUUCUUCUUGUGCAAUGUAUUCGUAAUGCAUUUGCGUUCUUACAACGUGACUAACGCUAUUACGAUUUCUGUAACACGCUAGUGCCCCAUUCAAAGUUUGAGCUUUUGACUUUCGACUUUGUUUUCAAUUUAUAUAUGCAGGAAUCUGAAAGACCUCCACGGAAAACCGUAUUUCACGGACUAUUUCGACGUGUAUUUUAAACUGUAUGUUCUGACAACAACAGCCAACAAUCCGGAUGUAACGUGAGUUUUAUUCUUAGUUGCGUUUUACCUAUAAUUUACGAGUGUAAGCAAAUGGAUUGUUUUUGUAGAAUAUCUAUUUCAAAGAUUUGUAGCGGUUGUAACCCUUUAACCUUUGAAGAGAAAAAAGCGUCUAAUCGUUCAUAAAGGUCACGAGAAAAAGGGAAAUGAUCUCCAACUAAAGGAGCUCUUGAUUGUCAAACAAAUUCUCCUUGUCAGCACCUUAGGAACUGCAUAAGAAACAGUAUGGAGAAUAUGCGUACUGAGGUUGGGAUAUAAAGGGUUAAUCUUUGAUAAAAGUGGGUUUGCUUCGAGAAAUAAAAUUAUUCUUUUGUGAGCGCGAAAGACCAAAUAUGAAUUUCCUGAAGACCUGCCACUUUCUUUUUAAGAACUCCUUUUCCUCCUGUCUUUGCCAAGCAAAACUGGAGAGUUAAAAAGUGGUUUUAUUAUUUUUUUGAAAACCGUCCCAUAGAUAUAUACACCCCUAACUUCUACACAAGGUGAUUGGUUCCAGUUCCAGUUCCAUUCCCUUUAGUUGUCUAUAGGAAUUAAGAAGAAGUACUUGUAGAUAAAAGAAGUCUAUUAACCAUUUAAUUUACAUUACACUAACGGGAUUCAAAACAGAUUACAUCGUUAACAGAAAUGUAGAGAGAACGACCAAAGGAAAAAAAAAAUAACCCCGACGAUUCUUGGAGAUAGGCAUGAGAGCCGGCUAACGCCACAGGUUAUUUAUUCUUAAAAUCUACUUCCACAGGAUGCCAGCCUAUGAUAACAAUGCUUGGUCCAGUUUGUUCUUUGUUAUUUUCAUUGUCGUCUGUAUGUACAUAUUUGUCAGUAUUUUUCUUGCUGUUGUUUACAAGAAUUACCGGAUGCAUAUGAAGGUAACUUCUAUUUAAAGGAACAUAUAAGCGUAGGGUGCUUUUCGAUUGAGAGUCGUAAAAUUAAAACCUAAGUGAUCUUGAGGGCCAGUCAGAACAAGGUUUGAUUAUCGCAAGGUCCCAAUAAGACGUUAAAGAGAAAACUAGUUAAUUCCUAGUAGCGCGGGAAACACGAGCGACAUAACCAGCUAGCGCAAAGUAUAACGAAAUCAAUUCAAUUCUUAUUACUUUUGAAAAUCAAUGUUAAGUGCUCCAUAUAUUUAUGAAUGCGUUAGCGUAGUUUUGUAAGAAUGCUUUCUUUGCCAUUUUUUGUUGGCAUUUCACUAAACGCCACUUUUGGGAGGCUUUGCUGAGUGAUAACCCUUAGUGGCCUAUUUGUUGUUUCCCUGCACAUCGUACCGCGGAACACUGAGUCUAGUAGCUUUGUUUAUGCGACGAAAUAAUAUGCGAUAAUAUCGACAAUAUAUCUAGGGUUAUUACAACGGCAGGUCCUGGGAAGAUGUUUUAGAAUGAAGUGAUAUACAAUGUACUUACGUUCACCUUGACAAUUCCGAAUUGGUUCGACUUGUCCAGCAUAUUGGCACUAUGCCGGAUCAUUUUUCUAGCUGAAAUUCUGAAGUUGGCGUCGAGUUCCAAACAGUAACAUACAAAAAACAAUCUAAUGGUAAUAAUGGUAAUAUUAAGAAGGAUAAUAAUAAUGAUUAUAAUAAAUGGAAAAAAGAAAAAGAUAAACGAUUACGGACAGGGUUCCGCUCUCAGAAAUAUGAAAAUUCAAUUUAUACCAAAAAAAAAAUUAAAUUAAUUUGUAUUCAUUCUAUUGUGGGUUUGAUAGUCAUGCCUACUGUAAAAAUUCUGGAUCUUUUCACAUAAUUUUCAUUUCUUUAAGAAUGAAAUCCGUGCGUCAGUCUACCGUAAACGCCGACAGCUGAAAAACGCGUUUGAUGUGUUGAAAGUCAGGUCUAAUGAGAUGUGGGUCAUCACACGAAAAAGGUGGUUGACUCUGAUGAAAGAGGUUUGUCCUCAGUGGAGUCCUGCAAGAGUCGCUCUGUUGUGGCAAGUGCUUGAUGAAAAUAACGAAGGCAAGAUAGGUAAGAUCGACUUAAAGGAGGUUUCGAUGUGUGUACGGGUAUGUGUUAAAAUUGACCAAUUCCCUAAUGGGGCUUUUCCGGGACAAUACGAACAAAUUGGGACUGACAAACAUUGUAAAUGAUCAACAGUGUUUUUUAAAACACUGUUUUCUAUUUGAAGGGAAGCAGACCACAUAGACUACAUAGAAAGUGGAGCAAACGAGUUAAACUCGGGGCAACUGAGAAAAAAUUAAAUCCCGCGCGAAGCAGGGUGGAGGGAUCGAAUCCGGAACCACCAGAUUACAAACCUAGCGCCCAGACCCCUUAGCCAUACUGCCUCCUCAGCCUUUAACUGAGAGUCCAAAGGAGACUUAUCUAGGAAUGCAUUGGUCUUCUUUAUUAUGCCCUUUUGAUUUGUUGAGGAGGCAAACCUAAAAUCAUUCAUACGACAAGACGUCACAGGUCACCAAAUUGCAUUUUGGUCUAGAAGAUGGCGUUAGUUUCUCAUACCAAUGACAGAGCGUGAUGAAGUAAAUUCAGCGCUACCCUGGAGUGCCGUUAACACUUUCCAUCACUCAAAGGGGUUUCAUUUAAAGUCGCUACUUGCGGUCUACCGCUGCAUGUAAGACAUCUUACCGCUGUUUGUUGAGCCUGCGAGCAGGCUGUUGUGUUUGGGUAUCACCUUACAGCUCAGCAGCCUAUUACACUAGCCGGUGUAAUAGGGGACAGCCGCUUAUGGAAAACAUUUUUGAAAUCCCUGAAUCAUGUUAAACAAACCCUUUUAAUGGGAAUUUUUACCUGUGUAUGUUUUUAAAUUACACCUUGGCUUAUAGGUAAAAAAGACUUCCUCAUGGUUGCUGACCUAUUAAAUGUGAAAGUCAUUGAAGUUAGAGACCAAGUCAACCUGUUCGAGAGAUUCAUUCCAAGGGUUUACAAUUCCCGCAUCAGUGCCAUGAUUCGAUUGGGCGUGUGCCACAAGUAUGUGAAAGAAUUAUGUUAGUUUUCGCGAAAGCGUAAGCUUCCUUACUUGGAUCUUGUCUCUUCCUAAGGACAGGCCAGUUAACUUGCUAUUAAAUUAUUUCUAACAGAGAAUUUCCAGAUUUCUUCGAUCUUAAGAAGCGAUUGAUAAUAGUAGUAGGACUGUGUGGAGUCCAAUUCGGUCUGUAAUCAUACGAGUGAUUAACAAAAUCGGGUGACCACGAAGCGGGAGUCCAAUUUGUUAAUCACGAGUAUGAUUACAGACAGAAUUUGAUAAAACGAAGUCUUGUUACCAAUUAAUCAUAACCGUUACAGUUUCGGUAAAAACAAAUACAUCUAGAACAAAAAUAAAACUGCAUCAAAUGAUGAUAAUGUCUAAAAUUAAAAAUUCCUUCAUUUUGGAAAUUCCCCAGUUUUUCUUAGGAUAAGUGGUUGUUGCUGUAGUUACUGUGAUCAACUCUGUGAUUGGUAGAUUAAGCUUAGUGGACUUAAUAUGAUUGGCUGCUUGAACUGUCCGAUCACAUUGUCCAAUUACAGCCAACAGUCCGAUUACUCUGUUCGAUUACAACUCUACAAAAUAAUCAGUGAAAAAUAAAGCAGUUAGUGCACAGAUCACAUUUGAGAAAAUUGUAAUGGUUAUGAUUAGAUUGAAAAUAAAAAUCGCCCCACCUACUCAACCUCUUAACUCUUUGACUCCCAAGAUCUGAUUGUUAAUUCUCCUCUCUAGCUAUUACACAUUUCCACGUAAAUUAGCUAUGAGAACUUAGUUCUAGAUCACCAUAACAGCUUCUACCUGAUAAGUUUGAAUAAUCUCAUCACCUGUUUGCUGAAUAAUGUAUGGAUAUUAUAGUGAGAAGUUUCAUGUUAAUCACUUCUGGGAGUUAAAGGGUUAAAUGAAAAUGGACUUGGAGUUUUCCAUUAGUAUCCUUUUCAUACCCAGAUUUCCUAUUGGUUCACUUUCCUUAUUCGGUUGACAUUUAUGGCCGUACAUCGUAAACGCUUCAUCUCUUUGAACGAUUUGGUUUAACUUAGCUACAAAAAUAUAAGCGCGCAUUCUCUUGAAUCCUCUUACAUUUCUCGGUGAUAUAUUGAGAAUAUACUCUUACCUCAAGUUAGGAGAAUUUAUUUAUAAAUCACCCUCAGGAGGCAAACGGUUAGCAAUCCUAAACUAAGUUGUAAUACGGAUUUUUUAGACGAUAUCCAGUAACCUUUAAUUUUUUAAUGGUGGUUAACAUAUAACUUCUCUCCAUAAUACACAUACAUUACCCAGCAAACGGGUAAUGAGAAUACUCAAAUUUAUCAGGUUAAAUUUGUUACUUCAUCUUACACCAAAUUCUCGAAACUAAUUUUCUAGAAAUUGUGUAGCAGCUACGAGGGAGAAUUAACAAUCACAUCUGGGGAUUUUAAGGGUCAAGAGAUUAUGGCGUGGUGGGGUAUGUGUCAUAACUAAAUUAGGGUUCCCAAUCUUUUUUUUUUUUUAAUUUUCGGUUCUCGUUGCAGAUAUUUCGUUUAUUUCUUCGAUUUGGUUAUUUUCGCCAAUGCCAUUUUCAUCGCUCUGGAGAGUGAUGACGCAGAAGUGACCUUCCUAGCACUGUUUAACUUGGAGAUCUUUCUGAAACUGUAUACAUAUGGCUUUAAGAAAUUCUUCUCACGAUACUGGAACAUGUUAGUAAUGUGCUUUAAGUAAAUCUCUUAUUGUUAUACGCGGAAAUCACAAUCUCAAUUCUGAUUUGCUACAAGCGUGCAGUUUAUUCUUUAUGGCACUCACACCCACCGAGAAUAGUUUUUAUGCGCGUAGAACUGGUUUCAUACCCAGAGAUCAUCGAGAGUAAUAAUACAGUUUAUUACAGAUAGCAAGAAGUAUCAAGUAAUUUCUUUGUUUCCGGCUUUGACUGAUGUUACAAAGCUCGAGUUUCACCAUUCUGUCUUUCAUUCUUAGCCCCAUCCAAUAACUUAAAAUUGUUUUUGUCUAUGUUCUUCAUGCACCAUCAGAGUCCAGUUACUUUAGUAUUGCUUGUGGUGAUCGCAUGUAACCUCUCUCCUGGUGCUCGUUUGUUUUACAGAUUUGAUUUCCUAGUUAUAGGCGCAGCGACAUUGGCUCUUAUCAUUGAAACAUCUUACGAGUCCUGUAAGUUAAAAUAUGUUGUGUUUUAUCCGUAAUGAUAAGGCUUGUGCCAAGCACGCGCUACUAAUGAAGAGACCGCAAAAACUGGUAACGUAUAGAAAGCGAAUUAUUGUGAAUAUUGACAAGAAAGAUCAAGGCAGCAAACGAUGUGUAACCCCUGGAGAAUUAUUGUGAUAACAGGUUCUCGAAUGUUUUGGUGGGGAACAAAUAUGCAUCACUUAUGAUGAUGAAGCGACCUAAAUUCGCGACACAGGAUUGGUGAUCUCCAUAUCCUGUUGGAAUCUCAGAAAAUGGGAGUGGUCGAAAAAUAGCUCACUGAGGAAACAUGUUUUCGACUCUUGUUUUUGAUCAUGCUAAAUCUUUCUUCUUCUUUUUUUCUCUCGUUUGCUUCUUACUGUUUGUUUUUGCCUCUCUCUCUUCCCAGUGCAGUCAAGUCAAGGUGUUCUGGAUUUACUGAUGGUUCUUCGAGUUCUCAGAUUAGUGAAAAUUAUGGGCCAAAUUAAGCGGUUUGUAUCGACACUUACCGUUCAAACAGCGCGAAACGUAGAGAAAGAUGUUUUUCGUCUUGUUACGAGCGUGAGACAAAGAAAAAAUUCUAUUCCCCCUGAGGAGUCGAACCUCAGACCUUCGGAUUUUGCGCUCCUAUGCUCUACCUCUGAGCCACAGAGACUCUAUGGUGGGCAAGGCCUAUAACAAAGUUCAUGCACGACACGUGUCGUGCAUACUGCUUAGAUCAGCAAUUUCGAUGGAGUCAUGAGGUUCGAUUGUUCUUGGGGACUCGGAAUAUUUUCUCUGUCUCACGCACGUGACAACACGAAAAAGCAUUUUUCUCUAUUUAUUAACUGAGCUUAAAAGUUACCAUCUUUCUUAAUCUAUUUACAAAAUCUUGCGAAACCUGUUUUCUUAGCCAUGAACAUACUAAUGGCGGAAAAUCCUAUGAAGCAUUAAUCCUGCCAACGCGAUGCUCAAUUCAAUCUCAAAUCCCGGGUAAAUAAGCCCGUAACCCAUACUAACAUUUUCGUAAAGCUUUUCGGUCAGCUUCCCAAUUCAAGUGGGACGAUUUGAAGUCCUUUUGUGACAAACUUAUUAAAAGCACCUUCCAUUCUCCGACUUUUUUUCUGUUUUGUUACCUAUGUUUGCUGCAUUUACAGGUCGAUUUUGUUCCCAGAUUUCAGGUUAUAAUUGGAACAGUCAUGCAGAUUGGUCCAGCUAUGGGCACUUACGGCGCCAUAAUGUUUGUAAGUUUGCGUCAGUACUUUCUCAGGGUAGAAACAUUCGAUAAAUAUUUCACGUCAGAGCUUAUGCUCGCCAACAAAUUUAAGAACGCAAGGUUUUGUCUAAAUUGAUUACUUUAAGUGUUACCUGUGCCUCAACCCUGUAACUGAAAUGAUCAACAUCAUUCAUUCUUUAACACGGGCCUAUUAUCGGUUAAAAGGACGCUAUUCUGUCCGCUGUAUGAUGCACUUAUUCGGUCGGUUUUUAAAUUUCUCUCUCUAUUGUGCGCACUCAUUUCUUGGGUUAUGAGAAUUGUUAGGCCAGUUGUACGCAACUAUUUCCCGAGUACGGCCAUCACACUCGAUUAGUUAGAAGUUAAUUUUUUUUUUCAGGUAUUGUACUACAUCUACGCCAUUAUGGGGAUGGAACUUUUUGGAAAUUUAAUCAAGUCGGAAAGUAGCUACCCUACCUCUGGUGAAGAAAGUUCUGAUGGCGAGAAUCUCACGUUUUGUGGAAACAUCAAACUGAAAGGGUCAGACUUUUACGGGGAUCGCUACUGUAAUAACAACUUCAACAACAUCCUGAGGUCUUUUAAAGUUUUGUUUGACCUGAUGGUUGUCAACCAAUGGCAUAGUAUCCUUUAAGUUAUACGUUUUGUUGCCAUCGGUUCGUUUUAACAGUUCAGUUGUUUUUUAAGCACAAGUGUCAGUAGUGAUAUCGAUUUAUCCUCCGCGAUGUUAAGUUUUCAAGGUACAAACCAACCCAUUGAGCCUCUUUGGAGGAAAAGGCUCAUCUAAGGUAAUUACUUGAAUCACUUUUGUUUUUUACGGGCCGGCUGAGUUUGCGUGUUCCUUGAAGUAAUGCAAGGUUCCAUUCUUGUUCAGUUACGCUGAUCAUAUCAGUCUGGGUCCCAUUCCUUGACUGCCAUGACUUGGUAAAUGCCUUGUAAAUGCCUUUAUUCAGCAAAAUCUGCAUCCGUGCCUUCAAAAUGCGUUCGCUCAUAUUUGUCGGGGCAUAGAAAAUCAAGGCCGGAUGAAGCCAAGUCAAAACUUUUAAUGCACUUGCAUAUCCAAAAGGGCUAGCGAAAAUCCUUGUCUGGUUAUUGUAUGGAAAUCAAAGGGGUAUGUCCGGGUGGUUUGUAUACGUGGAUAUGAUUACUUCCGCCGCUGGAAUUAUAGCUGUCCUUAACUCAGGUCCAGUUAUCACUCAAGGCUAUGUUCGAGUAACAAACAAGUUUGCCAGACUUUAUUUCCUCUCGUUUCACCUCCUUUGCGUUAUUGUGGUUCUUAAGUAAGUACUAAUGACGAUUUGAUGAUAAAAAUUUUGUCUACAUACGCAACACCACGUUCAGCAUUAAUUGGUAGCUGGCAAGAGACGAUGAUGCCUGGCUCUGGUGGAGACUGUAUUGUCUGUAAGGGUCUCACUCCAUAGGAGAUCCUGAGAGAAUUAUUUUUAGAUUUAAGGUAUUUAGUAAUUUCCUUCCUGAAAUUACACCUUAGUCGUUGCUGCCUGGGUGCUCUCGCAAAGAAUGUAUGUGGCCACGUUGGCUUUGCAAGUGAUUCAAAAUUGAAUAACGAGUCUUGAUUCUCGUCUGGUUUCUGAAAUCGGGAUUAAAUUACCUGUCCAAUCCAAACCGACGUUUUGAUUGGACAUGUAUGCUAUAUACCAUGUUGGUAUCCUGUCGACGAUUUUUUUCGUAAAAAUGUGUUUUACCCUUUCUUAUUGCUUCAUUCCUCUCAUUACCUCGCAGUAUAUUCGUAGCAUUCAUUUUAGAAGCCUUCAUGCUGGAGUACUCAUUCACACACGGAAAAAUCGAAACAGUUAUUAGUAAGAAGAUAGAAGAAAAGGGCGUGGGAGUAGGAAUGUAAGUAUAUGCACAAUGCAUGUAUUUGUUACUUAUUUUCAAACCAGAAGUGGCAAUGCAUGUAUAUGCACAAUGCAUGUGUUUGUUACUUAUUUUCGAACCAGAAAUGGCAUUUUCGUAAAGGAAAGAUUGUUGGGUGUUUAGACCUAGUUUAAAGUAGUUUUUACGUGCAUAAACUCAAUUAGCGAUAUAAGAUUAAAAACGACAAGAGGGAAGAGUUCGGUAGAUUAGCGCCUUCCUACUUACACAAUUUGAGCAAGAUUUAAAACAGGUGCAAUAGGUGCAGGUUAGAAAUUUGAAAUGAAAAAAAAAUAAUCGAAAUUCUUUGUGGUGAUCUUGGAAUUUGCCUUACUUUUAAUGAAUUUUAAGAUUAGGGCUUAUGGUCGUGCUCACAGAUCGUCAGCUCGCCGGAAUUACAACAAUUAAAGCGCCUGCACAGUAAACCCAGUGGAAUCUCUAGGAAAUCAUCUUCACAAACAGUCACCUGCCUUGAAGAUAAUUUCUUUCUCUGACCAGGGUAGAAUCCUGAACACUAAAGGCAGCUUUCACGAGUUGUGUGUAGCGCAGAUUACAUUAAAUAACAGAGAAGGAUUUCCCUCAGAGUAUUAAAGAGAUUUCGAAAUACAUUCGCUCAAUGAGAGCACGACAAGAAAUGAAAUGUUGCUGUCUGCCUUUUGCCGUUAAUUUGAGAAACUUUAUAUUUAUAGUUUUCAAUUGGAUUUAUUUGAGGAUUUUUAUAUUCGUAUUGUGAAAAUGAUUCUAAUUUCAACAUCGCCUCGAAGCGCAAAAGCGCUUUCCCGCAGUGAUAAUCGUCACGACAUCUUAUGGUCUCUUCGUAGCUUGCAUCUUUAUGAAAAGCGACUUCCCGCCCAUAGAGAUGCCUCGACUCAAGCGAAGGUCUUCCUCUUUUUGUCAAAUAACACAGUCCAACUCAUGCAGGGCUCGAUAUCUCUCACUCUCUGCCCCCCUCUGUCUGUCUGUCUCUCUCGUGCGCGCGCGUGGGCUCAUUAUCGAGCCUUAACUCGUGUAUAUAGGCAAAAAUAACUGAUUUCACUCUAUUAUCAGGUGUCCAAUCAAAGAGAGGGCUGCCUCUCUUCUUUCCAUUGAUGAUAUUACCGAGUCAGUUGGCAAUGGCGGUUUUCCCUCGGUGGAAAUGCUUGCCAUGGACACAGGCUUGAGAUUCAAGAUACCGAAACAACAGAGGAAAAACGCUGAUGUCUUGUUGCAGGAAAUGUUUGAGGACGAACUUGAAGAGAACGAUAUCGGACCGAGAGAUUUAGAGGAUUUAGACGACUUGGAUGACUCAGUAGACCUUGUAAGUGGACGUUCUAGAAGGAAGAUCACAUUUCUCAAUGUUGAUACAGAUUGACUUCUGUUUCUGGAUGUACUGACUUCCUUUCCUGGUUAUACUGAUCUUCGAUUCUGUGUAUACCUAUGUACCGUUUCCGGUCAUAGGUCGUUCAGUUACUGCUCUCAAUUUUAGAUUGGCGUGAAAUUUUAAAGCCUGUGAAGCCAUAAGCAAGACAUAUCGAGGGUCACGUCUUUCUCCAUGGGAAGAAUAUAGCUUAAUUAAGAAAAGGCAUUGUGCUCUAACUGAAUCGUGGAUCUGUUGAACAGGUGGUGAAAUUUGUAGGUGAAGAUUGGCAACACGAUUCAUAGCCAAGCAAAUUUUAAAAUCACGACCAGGAACACAUAUUUUUGAUUGGAACUAUUUUUCGGAAAAUAUUUGAACGCGAAUUGCAUGAAAUUCAUCAUAUAUGCUCUAAACGUUAAUAGAGUAAGUUUUUAUAUUGAUC